AUGGGGCUGUGGCCAUGUAGAUUCUGUCUGGUACAACUGAUUUUUCUACUGGCUUACUUUGAAGGGGCCCUGACAAUCACUUGUAAGACUUUCUAUUCCUCCAACAGCUCCCUGUUUUACUACGAGUAUUGCUCUGUCGGUUGUUGUGGAUCUGAACGAAGUCGGAAGUGCUGCUCCGCGGAUAACACGGGCGCCAUCGUAGGCGGUGUGGUGGGGGCUCUGGUCUUCUUUCUCAUUGUAUCCGUGGUGAUGUUCAUAUGUUGGCAAAGCAACAAGAAAUCAAAACAGCUUGUCGAUGUAGAACCCGAAAUAGACGAGUUUGGAUACGAAUUAGAGGUUAUGGGUGAUAUGCAUCCAUAUCAAACCGGAAGUGAACCGUUCAACUCUCCUGUCUCUCCCAGUCACCUUCAUGGAGACUUUCGUCAUGGUGACAUUGACACAGAAACAUUUCCCAAACAACACGGAUGCCCCCCACCUGGAUACGACGAGACCGUCCCCCCGAUGUCUCCCCCGCCAACUUACAAGGAGAGAGAAGAUACUGUAAUAUCGGAAGAACGUUAUUGAUUCUGUGUGGGAUUUGGGUUUAUGGAGGGCAUUCUGGGACUUAAUGAAACUUUUGCACUAAAAACUGAUUGAUUAAGUCCCCUCUAGGGAAUCAAGAGGUUCUUUAAAGGGCAAUAUUUAUUAAAAUUUUGGGGGAAAUUGUGACAGAAUUUUUAUUCUGCUCUAAAACAAAAUUAUCUGAACAUGAUAAUGAUAUAUUAAGUAAACACGACCGUGUAUAUAAUGAUAUUAAAUGAAAAUAUACUGACUGCGUAUCCGUAAUUCUAGAGUGAAUGGUACUUAGGGUUCACCGAUGAAAAAUCAUUUUGCACUUUGGUAAAAUCACUCAAAUAUUAAUACCUCCCUUGUCAGUUAUGUAUUACUUAAAUACAUUUUAUUUGUAUUGCUUGUGUAUGAAAAACGUAUAAA